AUGGCUCCCCGCAAGAAAGAAGUCCUCUCCGCGGUAACAGCAGCCGACGACGAUACCGCCGAGAAGACGACGCGCCAACUGCGUCACAAGACGCGCCUGGACCGCAUUCACCCCGCCGUGCGCUUCAUCCUCGCUGUGCUCGGUAGCUUGACAUUGAGCUCGACGCUCUUCUCCCUAACGACGGGGAUCACCCUCGGCGAACUAGGCCGCGUGAGCAAACACCUCGAGACAUGGUGGGAAGUAGGAGGUCUGAUGGCCUGGAAGGCCGUCGAGGUUGGACUUGCCUGGAUCAUGGGCUUUGACGGUCGCGAUGUCCUCUCCUUCACCUAUCUCACCCACCUCCCCACCUUCAGCCUCCUCUCGACCUUCUACAGCCUGCGCCCAACCACAAUCCUAACCAGCUACUUCAUCACUCUCCUCUCCACCACUCUCCCCUUCGUCCUCCUUCGCAACCUCACUCCCCUCCACUCUUUCUCGGAUUCCACGCGCAUCCCUAACCGGUCCAUCCUCAACGACCGCCCGACAACCAUCUACACCACCAUCGCCGCGGCCGCCAUCUUCACCGUCACCCUCUCCCUCAGCUACGCCACGCCCUGGCUCCCCACCACCCUCGUCACCCACUUCCAAGACAUCCCCGACGUCACCGCCAUCCACGCCGGUCCCGCCGCUCUCCCGGGCCUAUUCCUCUCCCUCCUCCCCGCUGGCUUGGCGGCGCGCGAUUUCCUCUUCGCCAGCUCGACCGGUGCAUCUUCCAGGAACUCCAAGAAGAACAGCAACAACAACAAGAACAAGGAGGGUACAUCCAGCCCCGAAGGCGAAUACCUAGCCUACACCGUCUACCGCAAAACAUGGGGCACCCUGUCCCGCAAGACGCAAGUGCUGGUGUCCCGCACCGUUCUGCUGGCGAGCAUGUUGUUCGCCAACACAGUUGUGCAGGUCGCAGGGACAGUGAACCAGGUGGACGCCGAAGGCGCAAUGGUCUGGGGUGCCGUGUGGGCCAUCGCGGCGGUUAUUACAGGCGCGAUGUUUGGAUGGAUUGAGGCCGUGGAUGGAGUAUAG